AUGGAGUUAUCUUUAUCAGCUUCGAAAUUGCGGGAUCGUGACAUCAUUUCUAAGAGUGAUCCUAUGGCAGUAGUAUAUAUGAAGAAAAGGGAUGGAACUCUUGAGGAACUUGGUCGCACAGAAGUGAUGAUGAACAAUUUGGAUCCUGCUUGGAUUCAGAAAAUUAAUGUUGCUUAUCAGUUUGAGAUUGUUCAGCCAUUGGUCUUUCAUGUGUACGAUGUAGACACAAGUUAUCACAACUUACCUGUGAAGAUGCUUAAGUUGAAGGAUCAAGAAUUUCUUGGUGAAGCUAAUUGUGUUUUGUCAGAGAUUGUGACUAAACAAAGUCAGAGUUUGAUCUUAACUCUCCACAAUAGAAAAGGGCAUGGUUUGAAAAACUUAGGGACACUUACUGUCCAUGCAGAGGAAACUGUUUCUUCAAGGAGUGCUGUUGAGAUGAAAUUUCGUUGUUCCCACUUGGAAAACAAGGAUCUAUUUUCCAAGAGUGAUCCUUUCUUGAGAAUCUCUAGGAUAAUUGAGAGUGGAGGUUUUGUUCCAAUUUGCAAAACAGAAGUCGUGAACAACAACUUGAAUCCAAUUUGGAGGCCACUAUGUCUAACGAUGCAGCAAUUUGGGAGCAAGGACAAUCCAUUAGUUAUCGAGUGUUUUGACUUCAACAGCAGCGGCAAUCAUGCACUUAUAGGCAAAUUACAGAAGUCAGUGGCGGAUCUAGAACUACUUCACAAAGAUAAAGUUGGUGCAAAUUUUAUCAUUCCAUCUUCUGGUCACCGAGGUCAUGAGAAGGUUCUAAAGGGUCAACUUUUUGUGGAGGGCUUUGUUGAGAAGCAACUAUACAGUUUUGUUGACUACAUUUCUAGUGGAUUUGAACUCAACUUCAUGGUUGCUGUUGAUUUUACUGCUUCAAAUGGAAACCCCCGAAGUUCAAAUUCUUUGCACUACAUAGAUCCUUCAGGCCGGUUGAAUGCUUACCAGCAGGCCAUAAUGGAGGUUGGGGAAGUCAUCCAAUUCUAUGAUUCUGAUAGGCGCUUUCCUGCUUGGGGCUUUGGUGGAAGGACACACCACGGCAUAUCUCAUUGUUUCAACUUGAAUGGAAGUCCAACUGGCUUUGAGGUUGAAGGAGUAGAUGGCAUCAUGACUGCCUAUGCAAGUGCUUUACACAAUGUUACUCUUGCUGGUCCCACUUUAUUUGGUCAAGUGAUUAACAAGGCUGCAGAAAUAGCUAGCCAGUCCCUUUCUUCCAGCCACACCAAGUAUUUUGUGCUGCUGAUUAUAACGGAUGGAGUUGUCUCUGAUCUUCAAGAAACCAAGGAUGCUUUGGUGAGGGCAUCUGAUCUACCCCUUUCAAUUCUUAUUGUUGGUGUGGGAGGUGCAGAUUUUAAGGAGAUGGAGAUCCUUGAUGCUGAUAAUGGAAAUCGUUUGGAGAGCACUACAGGAAGGAUAGCUACCCGUGAUAUUGUACAAUUUGUACCAAUGCGCGAAAUGCGUGGUGGGCAGAUCUCCGUCGUUCAGUCUCUUUUGGAAGAGCUGCCUGGGCAGUUUCUGAAUUAUAUGCGGAGUAGAGAUAUCAAGCCUCAUGCUAUCAAUGUAGCCCAAACUUCUGCUCAAGAACAUCCACAUCGGGUUUGAAUCACCGACAGUUUCCAACAUUGUACAGGCACAAAGAUGAUUAGCUAUUGUACAUUCUCUAGAUCUAGAAAUUCUUUGGUUUAUGGAAUUGUGCAGUGAUUCUUUCAUGUAUAGUGCUGUAUAGUGAUUCUUACCGAAUGUCUCUUGGGAGAAGAUGGGGGAUGAUGGAUUUGGUACAUAAAGAAAAACAUAUGCAAAUGCUGUUCCAAUUG